CGGAAACGAAUCGUUUGGGCCCUCUAAACGCAGAGAUUUCAUCUUAUUGCAUAUCUCUUGACAUGUCAUGCCGUGCUAUCGUGUGGCUUGCUGUAAUUGGCUGGCCAUACACUAUAAAUACUUGGCGCUGCUUGACGCAGAUUAGUGAUAUGUAUUGAUUUGAGCCUCGGCAGAUCGUCUGUAUAAGAGAUUUCUAGCAUCGAAUCCACUAUCUAUACCCACUCAGUCCACUCAGUCCACUCUCAUCCCGAGACUCCAUGGCCCAUGCAUCGAUUGUUCGAUCCCUUAAAACCAGCGUCGUGCCCGGUGUGAAUGAAAACCUGCAUCCAUUUUUUCUCCUCUUCCUUCGUUUGGCCAGCGGCCGAUACGCUUGACUAACGUCCAUCAAAGAUUAAUCUAUUGCUGGUAUAGAUAUCUACAGAUGGCCUCUCUCCCCAAAAGCGAGGCGCCUCAGGCCUCCAAAAUCCCCCUGUGGCGCAUGGUGUUCGACCAAGGCGCCGUGACGCAGCAGAUCAUCGACCAUCCGUAUUCUGGUUCCGGCACUGAAAGCGAUCCCUAUGUCGUAUCAUGGAUUGAAAAUGAUCCUCGCGAUCCCAUGGCGUUUAGCGAGAUUGCCAGAUGGUCCAUCACCUUCCUUGUUGCCAUGGCCACCCUCGCCGUCGCACUUGUCUCGUCUGCAUACUCUGGAGGCAUGGUGGAACUGGUGUUAUUCUUCCAAAUCAGCGAGGAAGUCGCAUUGCUGGGGAUCUCUCUCUUCGUCAUUGGAUUCGCCGUCGGUCCUCUCAUGUGGGCGCCUCUCAGCGAGAUCUAUGGCCGCCGUUACAUCCUCGUCCUGAGUGCCAUGGGAUUGACGGCGUUUACUGCGGGCACCGCUGGUGCGCAAAACGUCCAGACCCUCCUCAUCCUUCGAUUCUUUGCCGGCAGUUUGGGAUCAGCCCCGAUGGCUGUCUCGGGAGGAGUGAUCUUCGACACUUUUCCUGCCAUCACUCGCGGACUGGCCAGCAGUCUCUUCGCCGCAGCACCGUUCCUUGGCCCAACCCUCGGCCCUAUCAUUGGGGGCUUCAUCGCAGAGUCGGGCGGUUGGCGAUGGGUGCAGGGCUUCCUGGCUGCCUUCUCGGGUGCCCUGUGGCUGGUCAUGGUUUUCCUGUUGCCCGAAACAUAUGCCCCCGUCCUACUGGCAAAACGAGCUGCCAGACUAUCUCAAAUCACCGGCCAGGUGUAUCGCAGCAAGACGCAGAUCGAACAGGGAAAGACGGCUGUUUCGAAGACUCUCUCCGUGGCACUGUCACGACCAUGGGCGUUGCUGUUCCGCGAGCCCAUCGUCUUCCUGCUGUCUCUCUACAUGUCCAUCAUCUAUGGAACACUGUACAUGUUGUUCAUGGCGUAUCCCAUUGUCUUCCAAGAGGUUCGUGGCUGGAGUGAAGGAAUCGGUGGGCUCCCCUUUCUGGGAAUCCUUGUUGGCAUUCUCUUCUCUGUUGCAUAUGCCUUUCCCAUGUACUUCAGCUACAAGAAGAAGACGCUCAACACUAAGGGACGCGUUCCCCCAGAGGCUCGUCUGCCCGACAGCUUCAUCGGCGCUGUCUGUCUGCCAAUCGGUCUUUUCUGGUUCGCGUGGACAAACUAUCCCUCGGUGCACUGGAUGGCUCCGGCUGCCUCGGGUGUCCCAUUCGGCUUUGGCAUGGUGAUGGUGUUUUUGCCUGCGUUCAAUUACCUCAUCGACGCGUAUACCAUCUAUGCUGCAUCCGUGUUGGCAGCCAACUCCGCCAUGCGAUCCGUCUUUGGCGCCGUCUUUCCACUCUUCACGACCUACAUGUACAAGAAUUUGGGCAUCCACUGGGCGUCGUCUAUUCCCGCUUUCCUCGCCCUGGCCUGCGUUCCUAUUCCAGUCUUCUUUUACAAGUACGGGGCUGCAAUUCGCCAGCGAUGCCACUAUGCUGCCGAGGCGGAUGCUUUCAUGGAAAGGCUGUUCGGUAUGAUGGCAGCAAAGGAAGAAACACCAGAAGAGAAGAAAGAACCAGGUGAUUCUGUCGAUCACGCAGGAGGGAAAAGUGGUGAUACCACUGAGAUUGCCUCGACUGCUCCCUCGGAUGAAUCUAGAGACAGGGGUGGUUUGAAAUAAUUGUCCACGAGUUUGAGAUAAAAGUCGCAUUGUUUCUUAGAAUAAUGGUUAGAUAUAGCUUAUGAUUACUAUAAUGAUAAUGGAUAGAUUUUAGACAUAACUUGUGCAUUAAUACUUCGUC